AUGUCGGCCACAGAAGCGACGACCGACAUGUUCGCGCCCCCCGUGAACCGCGCCAUGAAGGUGCUGGACCGCAGCUUCUUCCAAAAGACCAUCCCCACCUCGGCCGCCCGCAUCUUCAACCCCAAGGACAUAUCGCGCUGCCGCAAGGAACUCACCGCCAGCAAGGACACGCUGCCAAGCAAUCGCAUAGACCCGAUAAGAGUCGACCCCGAUUCAGAACAAGCGUCGAAAGGCAGCAAGUGCCUGCUCUUGCGCCCAGAAGUCGUCCACUCCGAUCGGACGACCUGGUCUCCUAAGCUGCGCGAUCUCGAGCAAGACGGCACGCUAGGCGUCAUUCCCUACCAGCUGCAGCUCAACUACGACUACUUCACCUACUCCGAAAUCACGAGCGCAACCAUCCCCCCACCCGAGUCUGUCCACGACGAUGAGAUACCCCAGGGCUUCGCUCUCGCCGGCCACGUCGCCCACCUGAACCUCCGCGAACGGUACUGGCCCUACAAGCACCUCAUCGCAACCGUCCUCGCAGACAAGAACCCCAUGGUCAAGACGGUCAUCAACAAGCUCGACAAUGUAGGCACCGAGAACGCAUUCCGCACCUUCCAAUAUGAAGUGCUCCACGGCCCAGACGACAUGAAUGUCGAGCUGCGCGAGCAGGGCUGCACCUUCAAAUUCGACUUUGCAAAAGUAUACUGGAACACGCGUCUACACACGGAGCACGAGCGGCUCUGCAACAUGUUUCGCGAAGGCGAGGCAAUCUGCGACGUCAUGGCCGGCGUAGGACCCUUUGCCAUACCCGCGGGCAAGAAGAAGUGCUUCGUCUGGGCCAACGACCUCAACCCCGAAUCCUACAACUCGCUCGUGGGAAACAUCAAGAUCAACAAAGUAGGCGACUUUGUCCGUUCUUUCAACACCGACGGUGGGGCGUUUAUCCGUCAAGCCUCUGCGGAUCUGUUGACAAGCGACGAGCACUCGGUCUCUAUCUACCCCAAAACCAAGUCUUCGCGCAGCAAACCAGAAGAGAAGAAACAGCCUGAACCCCUCAAGACGCUCGUCCAACCACGAUUCUUUUCGCACUACGUCAUGAACCUCCCCGCCUCCGCCAUUACCUUCCUCCCCUCCUUCAUCGGUCUUUACGCCAACGUCCCCGGACAUCCUGCCUCUGAGAUCAAGAAACUCCUCGCGCCGCACACUUCGCAGAAAUUGCCUAUGAUCCAUGUACACUGCUUUUCUACCAAGAGCGACGACAAUGUGGAGGAGAUCAAGGGCAUUUGCGAAGAGGUUAGCAGGCAGUUGGGCACCGUGAUCACACCCGACAUGGACGAUGUGAACGUGUAUGAUGUGAGAGAUGUGGCGCCGAAGAAGAGGAUGUUCUGUGCUAGUUUCAGGUUGCCUGAAGAGGUAGCUUUUAGGCAGGUUUGA